AUGGUCAACGUCAUGAAGCUCUGGACAUCUCUACUCAUGACAUUCCUCUGUAUGGUGCUAAUGUCUGUGCUGGGCGGCAUGAAGGACAAAGCCGAUGAUGACACAUUAAUUGAGGAGUGCUGGGGAAAUCCAACAGCCCGUGACUGUACCAACAAGUGCUCUAGAACCUUUAAAUGUGUGAGCAUAAACUCUACAUGCUGCUGGACCUAUUGUGGAAACAUCUGCUGGAAAAAUUAA